ACAACCUGCGGCUGGCAGCAACGUUUGGUCUGCAGCCGCUUAGCCGAAAGCAUCAAGAGACAAGCCAAAGAGAAAGCCCAACAUGAAUCUGAUCAAAGCCGCCCUUUUGCUGAGCGCGUUCGUUGCCUUGUCUAUGGCCCAUAGUACCAGUUCCGAGAGCUGGAACUCAUGGGUGGAUUGCGCCGAUGUUGGAGUCCGAGCAUAUGCCAAAUUGCUGCGCGGCGCCAUCCCCACGUUGCGUACCCUAUACGAGUGCAUCGACUACGAGCCGACCCACAAUGCCGAGUCCAGCUACCUUGGAACUCUGAAGACCCUCUACGAGUUUCUGCGGAGAACCGUUUACGAGAAACAGAGCUGCCUGCUGGAUCCCCUGAAGGGAACUGCCAACGCCCUAAUGCCAUUCGUGGACAGGAUUGAUACCUUGAACUGCCUCGUCUAGUAGACAAUUCAAUUUUCAGUGCGUUUUUCAAUAUUGAAAUAAAUUCCAAGAGCUCCAGCGCCUGCGCACUACUUGAAGCAAAGAAA